AUGUGGAACAAACCUGUGCUGCUGUUAUUACAGCUCUGCUCCAUAGUGUCCGAGCUCCAGGCCAUAGAGAGGUCAGAACUCUUCCCUUAUGGAACCCUGAAUGGAGACCAGACCCUGCAGGAGGGAGAUGAUGAGACGUCCAAGGUGAUGGCACUGACCAAACCCAUGCGCUUCUUCGAGACCAGCUUCACCAACUUAUACGUGGCCACCAAUGGCAUCAUCUCGCUGCAGGACCUCCCCAUGGAAAAGCAGUACGUGGACGACGGCUUUCCCACCGAGUUCCCGGUCAUCGCGCCCUUCCUCGCCGACAUCGACACCAGUAACGGACGAGGCGCCAUCUACUACCGGCAGACCGAGUCUCCCGGCGUGCUGAACCGCAUCGCCGACGUGGUCCGGAGAGGGUUCGCGGGGACGCAGUUCACCCCGACGCGCGCCAUCAUCACCACCUGGGAGAACGUGGGGGCCUACGAGGAGGCCACGCGCCACGCCGAAUCACCCGCACGGGUGAACACGUUCCAGGCGGUGGUGGGCUACGACGAGGAGAACACCUACGCCCUCUUCCUCUACCCGGCGGACGGGCUGCAUUUUUUCGGCGCCCGCCCCAAAGAGACCUUCAACGUGGAGAUCGAGCUGCCGGCCCGAGUCGGAUUCGCCCGGGGGGAGGUCUACAACCUGUUCUUCUUACGGACCGAGGGGCCGCACUUCAGCCUCACCAGCAACGAGCAGUCCGUCAAGAACCUGUACCAGACGGGUAACACCGGAAUUCCCGGCGUUUGGCUCUUCCACGUCGGAAGCGUGCAUCCCCUCGAGAACGUAGUUCCGGCCGCGGCCCCGGGCUUCGUACCCACCCCCCGCCGCCCCAGAAAGCAAGAAGCGUUCCGGGCCACGCCCGAGUACCCUGAGGGAGAGUACGAGCCGGACGAGGACGCAUUCGACGACGAGCAGGAGUACAACAUCGACCCCGACUUCCAGAACCCGGACGCCCCGGAGAUCCCCGAACACACCGGUCAGGAUCCGCCAGCCGACCUGGACGAGGUCACUCCGCGUCCUGAAGCUCCUACCCACCGCCCUGCUCCGGCGGGGCCCGACGACCGCCCUGAAACCGGGAGGGUUUACUCCGAGGACAUAGUCCAGCGUCAGCUUCCUGCUCCGGAACACACCCUUCUGGAGGCGUAUCCCGUCCUCCCGGACGCCGAAGUGGUCAGCGUGGACGAAGACGUGGACGUCCAGUCCGGAGUGAUUCACUACUCCACCGAGAACAAGGAGACGUGUGAACGUUUUCAGCAGACCUGCAGCCAGAACGCCUACUGCGCCGAUUACCCAUCAGGCUACUGCUGCCACUGCAGCCCCGGCUUCUACGGAAACGGACGCCACUGCCUUCCGGAUGGUGCCCCUCAGCGGGUGAACGGGAAGGUUAACGGGGUCGUGACGGUGGGCUCCACCCCGGUAGGACUGGACAACAUUGACCUUCACGCCUACAUCGUGGUGGGCGACGGGCGAGCGUACACGGCCAUCAGCGAGGUCCCGGAGACCCUGGGUCGGGCUCUGAUGCCCGCCACGCCCAUCGGGGGGCUUUUCGGGUGGCUCUUCGCCCUGAGGCUGCCCGACAGCCAUAACGGCUUCAACGUCACCGGUGCCGAGUUCAUCCGACACGCCGACGUGACCUUUUACCCCGGCAACCAGCGCCUCAGCAUCGUCCAGACCGCCAAAGGUCUGGACGGCCAGAACUACCUGAGCGUGGACACCCGUCUGGAGGGCAGCGUGCCGUUCGUGCCCCUUGGUGCCAGCGUCCAGAUGGACCCCUUCUCGGAGAUCUACCACUACUAUCCAUCACUGAUCACGUCCAGCUCGGUGCGCGAGUUCACCGUGGUGUCGGCCGAGAGCGGAGCGGAGAAGUUCACCUUCCAGCUGAGGCAGAACAUCACGUACAGGGACUGCAGGCACGCGGCGCAGGGCGUGGCCGAGACGCUGCAGCUCAACGUGGAGCGCACCUUCGCCAUGUACGUCAAGGAGGAGCGCGUCCUCAGAUACGCCAUCACCAACAAGAUCGGCCACGAAGGAGGUCACAUCCCAGACCCGGAGCAGAACCCCUGUUACUCAGGAAACCACGACUGUGAUACCACAGCUCAGUGUGUGCCAGGGGAACAGCAGGAGUUUACCUGUGUCUGUGCCACCGGCUUCACCGGAGACGGGCGCAACUGCUACGAUGUGGACGAGUGCGCUGAAGGUCUGAGCUCCUGCGGUUCUCACUCCCAGUGCGUCAAUCUACCCGGGAGUCACAGCUGCCAGUGCCAGAGCGGCUACGAGUUCGUGCACGACGCCCGCACCUGUACAGAUAUUGACGAGUGCAGGACCAGUCCGUGCCACCCUCACGCCUCCUGCUCCAACACUCAGGGCUCGUUCCACUGCACAUGCCAGCCUGGGUUUCACGGCGACGGUUUCCAGUGCCACCACCAUCACGAGCGUCCGAAGAGUCGGUGCGAGCAUCACCGGGACAGCAUCCAGGGCGGAGGAGACGGCGCGCCUGUGGUCGGAGCCUUCGUCCCUCAGUGUGACGACGAGGGUCAGUACCGGCCCCUGCAGUGCCACGCCUCCACCGGACACUGCUGGUGUGUGGACGGCACGGGGCAGGAGAGAGUGGGAACCCGUACCCCGCCUGGUACCCCGCCUACCAACUGCGACGCUCCAGAGGAACGUCCUCGGACUCAGUGCGAGCAGCACCGGGACGGCGUGCAGGGCGGAGCCGGGGGCGUAGGAGCCUUCGUCCCUCAGUGUGACGACGAGGGUCAGUACCGGCCCCUGCAGUGCCACGGCUCCACCGGACACUGCUGGUGUGUGGACACCAGGGGGCAGGAGAGAGCGGGCACCCGUACCCCGUCUGGGACCCCGCCUACCGACUGCGACGCUCCAGAACGUCCUCGGACUCAGUGCGAGCAGCACCGGGACGACGUGCAGGGCGGAGCCGGCGGCGUAGGCGCAUUCGUCCCUCAGUGUGACGACGAGGGUCAGUACCGGCCCCUGCAGUGCCACGGCUCCACCGGACACUGCUGGUGUGUGGACACCAGGGGGCAGGAGAGAGUGGGCACCCGUACCCCGUCUGGUACCCCGCCUACCGACUGCGACGCUCCAGAACGUCCCCGGACUCAGUGCGAGCAGCACAGGGACGGCGUGCGGGGCGGAGCCGACGGUUUGCCCUUGGUAGGAGCUUUCGUCCCUCAGUGCGACGACGAUGGUCAGUACCGGCCUCUGCAGUGCCACGGCUCCACCGGACACUGCUGGUGUGUGGACACCAGGGGGCAGGAGAGAACGGGCACCCGUACCCCGUCUGGGACCCCGCCUACCAACUGCGACGCUCCAGUGGUGCCGGUGCCCACGCAGCGCCCGGAGACGGUGUGCGAGCGCUGGCACGCCAGUCUGAUGGAGCAUUACGGAGGGCGACCGGGUCCGGAACACUACCUCCCUCAGUGCGACUCUUCGGGAGAGUUCACCCCGGUGCAGUGCUACGGAGACACCAGUUACUGCUGGUGCGUGGACAAGGACGGGCGAGAGAUUCCCGGGACUCGAUCACACGACGUCAAACCGGCCUGCGUACCCUCCGUGGCCCCGCCCGUCGUGCAUCCACAGCCACGCCCGGACGUGACCCCGCCUCCAUCCGGCACCUCCCUGCUGUACGCUCAGGGCCAGCAGAUCGGAGCGCUCCCGCUCGACGGCACUCGCAUGGACAAGGAGAAAUCUAAAGUUCUCCUCGCGCUGCACGGCUCCAUCGUGGUGGGGAUCGAUUACGACUGCAGAGAGAAGAAGGUUUACUGGACCGAUCUGGCUGGAAGGACCAUCAGCAGGGCCGCCAUGGAGACGGGAGCAGAAGCGGAGAUCCUCAUCAGCACCGGUCUGGUGAGUCCGGAGGGUCUGGCCAUAGACGUCACACGCAGGAGGAUGUACUGGGUGGACAGCACGCCCGAUAAGAUCGAAACCGCCCGACUGGACGGGAGUGACCGGCGCGUCCUGUUCGACACGGACCUGGUGAAUCCCAGAGCCAUCAUAGUGGACUCACAGUCGGGAACUCUUUACUGGACCGACUGGAACCGCGAGGCUCCUAAGAUCGAGAGCUCCACCGUGGACGGGCACAACAGGAGGGUGCUGGUGCGGGACGGCAUCGGGCUCCCCAACGCCCUGACCUUCGACCCCACGACGCGCCGUAUCUGCUGGGCCGAUGCAGGAACGAAGCGUCUGGAGUGUGUCGACCCCGACGGCUCGAACCGGCGACAGAUCCACGCCAACCUGAACUACCCGUUCAGCAUGGUCCUCCACUCCAACCACUUCUACUACACCGACUGGAGGAGGGACGGUGUGAUCAGUGUAAGUCGAGACUCGAGCCAGUUCACAGACGAAUAUCUGCCUGAUCAGCGUUCACAUCUGUACGGCAUCACUGUCGCCUCGUCCAGAUGUUUAUAAGGGAGGCCGUGACGACGGAGCCGGCGGUACAUGGUGCUAUUUUUUCGGGGAGGUUUCUGUGUGGUUUAAUCCCGGAGCGGGCGCUGUGUGGGGGGUCACCGGCGCCUCCGGACGCGGCCCUGAGGAGCGGCGAGUCCUCCUGCGCUCCGGAUCUGUACAUUUGUUCUAUACCUCAUUUCUCUCUACUGUAAGUUUGUGUGUUUUUAGGAGCCGAAGACGCGGUGGCGCGGCGUUAGCGAAGCCAAAGCGCUAAUGACAAUCAAACGCUCCAGACUGCGUUUAAACAUAGCCAGUGUUUUUAAUCACCAGUUCUUUUUGUAAUCGUUUUUUAAUCUUUUGUAAAAUGUGAUAUUUAUAACAAUAAAAUGUGAUUCACUGUUUCACUUCA